AUGAGUUCUUCCAGCACAUCUCCAUCCGCACAAGAGAUCUGGAAGUGGACAUUCACCAAGGAAGCGACCGCUCCAUGCUUCAUCAGAGACGCCCUCUCGAUGAAGGAAAGCAAUGCCAGAGGUCUGCCUCAUACCGACUUUUACUGGCUGGGACACAUUCCUUGUCGAACAGUGAGCAUUGUUGGCAUAGUAAUUGGAAUCCAGGACUACGAGAAACGGACGUUGUACACAAUCGACGACUCUACGGCUGUCAUAGAAUGCAUGCUUCGUCAUCGCUUGCCACCAAAAGCUCCAGUGAAUACCGAUGCAAGUCGCUCGGUUCAGAAAUCGAAAUGGGAGGCGACGUCACCUAUUCCUCCUCCUCCUCCACCACCCACUCCUGUCACUGCUAUCGGCUACCCAGUGCAAGUAAUUGGCAAAGUUGUCCGGUUCUACGAUACGAGGCAAAUAGUAGUUGAAUCCAUUGAGCCCUGCCAGUCAACUAAUGACCAAUGGAAACACUGGAAAACCGUCGUGGAGCUUCACAAGUCGAGAUAUUCCGUGCCGAAACCGUUUGAGAUACCAGCGCCUCUCGCUGUUUCUUCAUGCGAGACUGGCUCGGAAGAGCUUGGAAACUCGCACGAGAGACUACCAGCUGCGACAUCCAACAUUUUAACUUCUUCCAAUAGACAAACUUGUGCGUUGGCAUCGGGGACAGGUAUCCCUGUGCCCCGCACGCCCUUGAAGCGUCCAUUACACGACCAUGUCCCAUCCUCACCACUUACGGAUAGCACAACCUCCGCCCCAUCCAGUCCAAUCAAACAUGGAUCUACAGACCCACCGAAACUUCGUCACCCUUCCCGAUUACAUACGCGAGACCUUACUGAGAACACAUUUCGAUUGUACCUCAAGCAUUACAUGGAUCAUGCUGCUGUGGCUCUCGAUUGGGACGCAGAUGAUGAUUUGUUCUCAACACCGACUAAGCGGCCACGUGUUCCAUUGGACCAGACUCCCAAGGCACGAACGGUGUACACAACACAUGACAUGACGCCACGCGCAUCUGCCCUGAAUGAUAGUGCUCCCCGUUGCCCUGCUUUCACGCUCUCGCACCUACGCCGCGUCCCAGAGCUCGCACUUCUGGCUUGCCGGGUGGUUCACACCGAGAGGAAGCGGCGUGCCCGAGCAGGGAAGGAUGUAGAGAAAGACAAGGCUGUGCAGAUGCAGAAGACCUCCUCGAAACAUACCCUUGCGCAUUCACAAACGAAGAACAAGCCCAUGGAUAUGCCGCGCGUGAAGAUGAAGCGCUUGUUUUCAUGGGCGGUAUUAAAGCUAUAUGAAGAGGGUAGCAUCGUGCUCUGGGACAAACCACUGAUGCCCGUCCCUGUCUCUGGUUUGCGUCCUUCUGGGUCUGGCGACACAAGCUGGUUGUGGAGGACUGCGAACAACACUGCUAGUUGCUCAAGUGCGAAUAACUCUGUGUUUUCAACCGCCAAUAGCACGAUGUUUUCCUCUAUUGGUGUUUCUUCGUCCAAGUUCGUCAUGUCUGAAGAAGAUGCCUAUCUCUCAGAUCCACCGAUGUAUGAGGAAGACGAGGCUUAUAUUUCUGUAACGCCGACAUUGCUCGCUGCACCUGUACGCGAGAUCAUGCGUGCGAAGGGGAUGCGAGGCAAGGUUGGAGCGGAGGAGAUUACCAGGUAUUUGAGAAGAGAGGAUGCGCGCUGGGCGCGGAUUGGGGCGUGGGCUGUGGAAGAGACUAUGGAGAUGAUCCUUGGGGAGUGGAAGUAGGUUCGUCGCGUCGCGAGCGUAUGUUUGGGGUCGAAUGCGUCUGGGUUUGCAGCGGAGUAAUA